CAAAUAUGGAUGAGCACCAAAACUCACUAGUGUACACCAAUAAUUUUGAACUUCAUGACUUCAUUGAUGAUCCAAACUUUGAUCAAUUUAUCGAUUUAAUUCGAGGUGAGAAUGAAGAUGAAAUAUGUAACUUUGGUUCUGACCUUAUCAAUGAUUGUUUCGUUGAUAAUAAUCAUCAUCAGCUUCUUCCAAUUCCUCCAAAUCCAUUAAUAUUUGAUCACAACAGCAACAACAAUAGCAAUAUUGUGAAUGUGUUUGAUCCAAGCUCUAGCACAAUUGGCUCCUUCUCUAGUUAUUCUAGGGAGGUUAAGGGAGAAGCAGAAAAUGAUGGAGAUGAUUCUUCGGCACCAACAAUCACGACGACUGGAAUUAAUGAUGGCAAACCUAGUGGUAAAACCGAUAGGUCUAAGACACUCAUUUCCGAAAGGAGAAGGAGAGGUCGGAUGAAGGAUAAGCUUUAUGCGUUGCGCUCUUUGGUUCCCAAUAUUACAAAAAUGGAUAAGGCCUCUAUAAUUGGGGAUGCAGUAUCAUAUGUGCAUGACCUUCAAACACAAUCUAGGAAGUUAAAGGCUGAGGUUGCAGGACUUGAAGCAUCCUUAUUAGUGUCUGAAAAUUAUGAAGGAUCAAUUAACAACACCAUUAAUGCUCAAAGCCAUCCCAUUUGCAAGAAAAUUAUCCAGGUGGACAUGUUCCAAGUAGAGGAAAGAGGAUAUUAUGCAAAAAUAUUGUGCAAUAGAGGAGAAGGAGUAGCUCCUUCAUUGUACAAGGCUAUUGAAUCUCUUGCAAAUUUCAAUAUUCAAAAUUCAAACUUGGCUACAGUUUGUGACAAUUUUCUACUUACAUUUACAUUGAAUGUAAAUGGUUGUGAACAAGAAAUGAACCUUCAAAAUUUGAAGCUAUGGGUGGUUGGUGCACUUUUGAACCAAGGCUUUGAAUUCAUGCCAUCCUUUUGAGCCAUUGCAUGAAGUAGUAUUCCACGGGAAGAUUGCUAGAAAAAAUAAAUUAAAGUAUUACAAAUUUUGUUGUCUCUAUGUUUUUUCUGUUUCUAAUUUGCAUCCUUAUUCAAGAUUUUUAUAGUAGUGAUACACAUUAUGUAUUUUGUUAGAGUAAUUAAAUUGAUUGACUCUCUUUAAUAAAAUUUAAAACGGAAAAUAAUAUUAUUGAUACUAUCCGAGC